AUGUACGCCAGGGAGGAGCGGAAUCAGGAUGCCACUGUAUAUGUAGGCGAGCUCGAUUCGCGGGUGUCAGAGGCCCUGCUGUGGGAGCUCAUGCUGCAGUCCGGUCCCGUUGUGAACGUGUACAUCCCCAAGGACAAGCUCACGAACCUGCACCAGGGCUAUGGCUUCGUCGAGUUCGCCACCGAGGAGGACGCCGAGUACGCCAUCAAGAUCAUGAACAUGAUCAAGCUCUACGGCAAGCCGCUGCGCGUCAACAAGGCCAAGCGCGACGGCAAGACCGUGGACGUGGGUGCCAACCUCUUCAUCGGCAACCUCGACGCCGAGGUCGACGAGAAGCUGCUCUACGACACCUUCUCCGCCUUUGGCGUCAUCAUCACAACCCCCAAGAUCAUGCGGGACCCGGAGACGGGCGAGAGCCGAGGCUUUGGCUUCGUGAGCUUCGACAGCUUCGAAUCGUCCGACGCGGCGAUCGAGUCGAUGAACAACCAGUACCUGUGCAACCGCGCCAUCACCGUCUCCUACGCCAUCAAGAAGGACUCCAAGACCGGCGAGCGCCACGGCUCCGCCGCCGAGCGCCUCCUGGCCGCCAACAACCCCGCUCGAUUCGUCACCCAGACCAGGCCCAACACGAUGUUCGCGGCGCCGGCCGGUGGCGGUCUCCCCGGCAUGGGCGCCAUGGGUGGUAUGGGCGCCAUGGGCGGCUUCAUGCCUCCGCAGCACAUGCCGCCCCAGUUCGCGCCCCAGUUCCCGCCGGGCGGCUUCGGCCGAGGCGCGCCGAUGUCGAUGCCAAUGCCGAUGGGCUUCCCGCCCAUGGGCGGACCCCCGCGGGCCUUCCCGCCUCCGUUCCCGCCGCAGGGCUUUGCCCCGCAGGGGUUCCCGCCCAUGGGCGGCCCUCCCGCCUUCCCGCCGCAGGGUCCGCCACCACAGCAGCAGGCCCCUCCCACACAAUAA